AUGAUUUCACGUCAGUGGUACAGCGUGUCUAAACGAUUUGCGUCUACUAGCGUACCUGUUCGGAACGCUAUAAAUGUUGCAGAAGAAAAGAUAUCGCGCUUGCCAAACGGAUUGACAGUUGCUUCUGUGGAUCUUGGAGGUCCAGUCGCCCAGCUGGUAGUGGCUUAUCGAGCAGGAACUCGGUAUGAAAUGCCUGAUGAAGCUGGUUUAGUCCAUCACAUUCGAAAUUGCAUUGGAGGUGAUUCUCAAAGAUAUUAUGGUGCACAGUUACUUUGGCAGUGUGGUUCUGCGGGCGCUACUGUGAAUGGAAUGAUGACACGCGACUUACUUGCAGUGCAAAUGUCAGUGAUUAGAGAUCGUGCACCAGUAGGAUUAUCUUUAUUAGGAGAACUGGCUCAACCAGCAUUUAAACCAUGGGAUGUUGAAGACUUCAAGGAAACAUUGAGGAUCGAUCGCAAUUAUCUUAAAGCGUACGAUGUACUUGUGGAGGAUUUACAUGAUGCAGCGUUUCGAAAUGGUUCUCUUGGAAAUUAUUUAUACGCGAAGGAAGAAAGCAUUGGCAAAUUCAAUCAUCACAAAAUGGAGAAAUUUGCAGCUUCGCAAAUGGUGACUGGAAACGCUGUUCUUGUAGGAGUCAACAUCCCGCAUGACCAAAUAUUAGACUAUGCGAGUAGUCAAUUCACAUUGCCUGAAGGAAAUUCAAUUUCACCAAAACCAUCUCCUUAUUAUGGUGGAGAGAAACGUCAUAAACGUUUGAUGAAAGAAGCUCACGUUGCGAUCGUUGGUAGAGGAGCUUCUUUGAAAAGUCUCAAAAGUUUAGCCGUACAAGCAAUUCUAAGCGCUGCCAUUGGUCAGGGCGCUGCGGCAAAGUAUGCUGCAGGUGUUGGACAAGGCGUAGUAGCAAAAGCAGUCUUUAAAGCCUCAAGCGGUUAUCCGUUCAGCAUUUCUGCUAUAUCGGAAGUAUAUGCAGAUGAAGGACUUGCUGGUAUUUAUAUCAUUUCUGAAGCAGAUCACAUCGGCCCCCUUUGUGAUGCGGCAAUAAAAGCUUUAAAAUCCUUCACAAUCGAUGAUUCUACAUUCCAAGCAGCAAAGAAUAUAGCUGCAAUGAACAUUCUAAACCGAGCAGAGUCAACUGAAAAUGUGGCACUAGAUCGUGCUGCGCAGAUUCUUGCAACUGGUAAAGCAGAGACUGUUUCUAAUUUAUUGCAAGAGGUAGCUUCCGUUAACAUAGCCGACAUUACAAAGCCAACUUGGGACUCAAUCGAUUCGAGACCAAUACCGCGGUGGUAUCAAAAUGCUAAGUUUGGUAUAUUUUGUCAUUGGGGAGUUUAUUCAGUACCAGCAAUUCAUUCGGAAUGGAUGUGGUACGCAUGGAAAAUAUCAAAUAACUCAGAUAUUAUUCAGUUUAUGAAAAAGUAUUACAAACCGGGUAUCACCUAUGCCGAUUUUGCUCAAGAUUUCACAGCUGAACACUUCAAUGCUUCCGUGUUUCGAGAUAUCGUUGAGGCAUCUGGAGCAAGAUAUUUUGUGUUCACAAGCAAACAUCAUGAAGGCUUUACGAUGUGGCCAAGCGCAACUUCCUGGAACUGGAAUUCAGUUGAUAUUGGCCCGCACCGCGAUGUAGUUGGUGAAUUAAAGGAUGCAUUUUUGAAAUCCAAAGUUCAUUUCGGUCUUUAUUUUUCUCAAUAUGAAUGGUUUAAUCGCUAUUAUAUUAACGAUCGCAAAUACAGUACUGAUGACUAUCAUGUAUCGUACCCACAAAUGUUGGAAAUAGUAAGAAAGUACGAACCUCAAAUAAUUUGGAGUGAUGGAGACUGGGAAAUGAGUGAUAAUUACUGGAAAUCAAAAGAAUUCAUUGCAUGGCUUUAUAAUUCAAGCCCUGUGAGGAAUACAGUAGUUGUGAAUGAUCGAUGGGGAGAAGGUAUCUCCGGUAAACAUGGAGGUUUCUUAACAUAUUCAGAUCACUUUGAUCCAGGUUAUUUAUUAAGACGCAAGUGGGAAAAUUGUCUUACUCUUGAUAACGAGUCAUGGGGAUAUCGCCGCAAUAUGAGAAGUGAAGACGUAAAUACGGUGUCAUACCUCAUUAAUCAACUAGUAAGAACUAUUGCUUGCAAUGGGAACUUGCUGCUGAAUGUUGGUCCAGAUAAAUCAGGGAUGAUAGCUCCCAUUUUUGAGGAUCGACUCCGUCAAUUUGGCAAGUGGAUAAAACGCAAUCGAGAAGCCAUUUUUGACACUUACCCAUGGAUGUAUCAGAAUGAUUCUCUUUACAUUUGGUACACGGUAAGUCCACCAAGCGAAUAUGAAGUGAAACAUGAUAUGGCUUGGGUGCCGCACACAGUACAUUCCAAACUUUAUGCAUUUUUCCUCCAAUUCCCGACCAAUGAUAGUAUUACAUUGUCUUCUGUACUUUACACACCAACGUUGACAGCAGAAGUGCUUCUCGAUUUUAAUGAGACUGAAUUUCUCGAAGUGUACGGCAUUCCCGAACAUCCGGCAACAUUAAGCUUCAAGAACCAUCAAAGACUUAUUGCGUUUAGCCCAGUCGUUGUUCGAAUCAAGCACUUUAAUGCUAUCUAUCGUGAUCCACUCGAAAGCCAAAAACGAAAAGAAGUCCAACGGAGAACCAGAAGUCGUACCAAAUGA